CUGUCUUGACACAUGAAGGAGGAGUCUCUGAAAACCUAUUUAAAGCAGUCUGUCCUGACUCAGAUCAACAGUCUCCAGUCUACCAACUGGUCUCUGAAAUAACUAUUUAAAGCAGUCUGUCCUGACUCAGAUCAACAGUCUCCAGUCUACCAACUGGUCUCUGUAACUUCAUCUUUGUCUCUGUGGUGUACAGUCUUCAGGUGAUGAUGGGGGUAUUGAAUCAUCUCUCUACUCUCCUCCUUCUCUCUCUCCUUCCUCCUGCUCUCUCUCAUGUAGUGAAGAAGUUCAGUGAUGUUCCAGACUGUGAGAAGUUCUUCCUGGAGGGGACAACUCCAAAUCUCCCAGGUAUUUUGGUUGGUGGGAUAUUCAAGGACGAUGGCCGCUACAAGCCGAUCUGCCAGAAGUACAAAAACUUCUACAGGUUUGCAACUCUCUACGACACAUUCAACAGGAUCCCUGUGUUCUCAGCCUACACCUUCACUGGUAAUACAACGGGUCGACCAAUAGAUCGCUGGAUGAUCGAGCCUGGGCUCGAAGGGGUAAACUGCACUGAAAUGCAGAUACAAGAGGGAGGCAGUUACAAACACCAGGCUGAGCAAAAGGACUAUAAAAACUCAAAAUAUAAAGGGGUGAACAGAGGUCACCUCUUCCCAAGUUCACAUGCUCAUGACCUUGAUACUCAGAAGUCCACCUUUACCCUGACCAACAUCGUUCCCCAGGUGGUGUCCUUCAACGAUGGCAGCUGGAAUGAUAUGGAGAGAAAUGUCAGAGGAACUCUGAAGCUUAACUGUAAGGAUGCUAACGACCAGAUAAAAGCCUAUGUGGUGACUGGAGCAGUUCCCAACAACAACAAAACCAAACUGAACAACCGCGUGAACAUCCCGUAUCUCAUGUGGACAGCCUACUGCUGUGAAAACAAGAAGUACAAGAAGAACAAGAAGUGGAUGGCCGGAGCAUACUGGGGGUUGAACAAGGAGGGGACGGGGGCAUUGGAUCAACAAACCUUGGGAGCACUCGAAAUCAUGUUGAACAGAUAUUACAAAGGUAAAGAUGGUCCUGUCAAGGUGUUCCCAGAAGAUUGUCCAAGAGGUCCUAAACCUACCACUUCCCCCUAACCCAGCUGGAAGAAUUCCUUCCGUAGUGAGGAAUCUUUACAAUUCCAUGAGAAAUAGUUCUGGAAGGAUCUUUGGAUGAUCUGGGUACAGAUGCUCACACCAUAUCAACAAACUAUCAUUACUGUUAGACUAAUGAUUAUCAGGGUUAUAAUGGUAAUGAGGGUUGUAAUGGUAAUGAGGGUUACAAUGGUAAUGGGGGUUGUAAUGGUAAUGGGGGUUGUAAUGGUAAUGAGGGUUAUAAUGGUAAUGAGGGUUGUAAUGGUAAUGAGGGUUAUAAUGGUAAUGAGGGUUAUAAUGGUAAUGAGGGUUAUAAUGGUAAUGAGGGUUGUAAUGGUAAUGAGGGUUGUAAUGGUAAUGAGGGUUGUAAUGGUAACGAGGGUUAUAAUGGUAAUGAGGGUUACAUGUCAACAUAUGUACACUUUCAAUUGUAAUAUUUUUCUCUUCUAUGUCUAUAUAUAUAUCUAUAGUCUAUACUCUUCUCUCCCCUCUCUACCCAUCUCUUCUAUGUCUAUAUAUAUCUAUAGUCUAUACUC